AUGGUUCGUUCGUUUGUUGGCGGAUUGGAACUUAUUGUCAAUCUCCUCAAGUCGGACAACAUCGAAGUGUUGGCCAGUGUCUGUGCCGCCAUUGCGAAAAUCGCAAAAGAUGAGGAAAAUUUGGCUGUAAUAACUGACCACAAUGUUGUGCCGAUGUUGGCUCAUUUAACCAAUACGACAAAUGAUAGGCUGCGUCAACAUCUGGCCGAGGCGAUUGCUCGCUGCUGUAACUGGGGCCACAACCGAGUGUCCUUCGGAAACCAUUCUGCCGUUGCUCCUUUAGUAAAAUAUCUCCAAUCUCGAGAUGAAAAUGUCCAUCGUUCUACAGCCAGAGCCCUUUAUCAACUGUCGAAGAAUGCCAUCAAUUGUAUCAUCAUGUACGAAGCCGGAGUCGUGAAGCCGCUGAUGAAGAUGGUCGGCUCGACAGACAUUUAUUUGCAAGAAGCGGCGGCUGGUUGUAUUGGGAAUAUUCGCAGUCUAGCUCUGGCCAAUGCGAGCAGGGUGAAAUAA